AUGGAUCGCUCGGAAAUCUACUACUCGCCGCGAUACCAAGACGACGAAUACGAAUAUCGGCACGUGAUUCUUCCCAGAAGCAUGUCGAGCAGAGUUCCCAGCGCCCGUCUCAUGAGUGAAGUCGAGUGGCGCCGCAUCGGCGUUCAACAGGUGAGAUUUGGGAAAGUUUCAGUCAAAUAAAUUUUUGUUAAUUUUAGGUUUUGAAUCAUAGUAGACUGAGAAUAGAUAUAUUUACGGGUUUUUUUAUCUCGAAAUUUGAAAAAUUGAGUAGGUUACGGUUUAGAUAGAUGGUUUUAUUAUUACAACAAAAAGUUUUUCAAGCAAAUUUUCAGAAAAGCGAAAUUAUCAAGUAAAAAUGAACUUUCUUUCAACUUCUGUGAUCUUAGAUUGCAGAAAAUUUGAAAAAGUUUAAUAAAAUUUAUAUUUGAGACAUUUUUGAAUAGUUGCUGACUUUAUCAAACUAGCUGGAAAAAAAUUUUUUUUUAGGGAAGAAAGAGGUUUUGAGUAUUUUUUUUCUGGUCAUUUCGAAUUCUAUUAAUUUUGUAAUUCAAGUCCAAGAUAUAAAGUAACGUCCAAAUCUCUUCUGUUAACUCAAUACAAAAUCUUGAAUGUAGUCCAAAGCCAGUGGUGAAUAAACUAAAAACUCCCCAUAAAUUUUUGAGUAAUUAACUUUUCUCAGUCCGUCGGCUGGGUUCACUACAUGAUCCACGACCCGGAGCGCCACGUUCUUCUUUUCCGUCGGCCUAUCAAAUUUGACCAAAACGACGCCGCUCUCGCUCAUGAUCGGUAAAAAGUACAAAAGUCUACGUUCGAAUCUCCGGAAGUUAGAGAGCGUGCAAAAAUGAGAGGGCAGGAGUUUUUUUCUCUGAACGCCCUCUUGUUUUCCAAUGCUCUCUAGCUUUCGAAGAUUGGCUCGAAGUUUCGCAAGUUAGAGAGCGUGUAAAAAUGAGAGGCCGGCGUUUUUUUUCUCUGAACACCCUCUCGUUCACUAGUUAUCUCUAGUUUUUGAAUACUGGCUCGAAUCUUCGGAAAUUAGAGAGCGUGCAAAAAAUGAGAGGGUAUCCGUUAUUCUCUCUGAACGCCCUCUUGUUACACAGUGCUCUCUAGCUUUUGAGUAUUGGCUUGAAUUUUAGAAAGUUAGAGAGCGUGCAAAAUGGGAGGGCCGGCGUUUUUUUUUCUCUGAACGUCCUCUUAAUAAUCAGUGCUCUCUAGCUUUCGAAGAUUGGCUUGGAUCUUGAAAGUUAGAGAGCGUGCAAAAAUGAGAGGGCCGGCGUUUUUUUUUCCUCUAAACACCCUCUCGUUCAGUAGUGAUCUCUAGCUUUCGAACAUUGGCUCAAAUCUUAGGAAAUUAGAGAGCGUUCAAAAAUGAGAGGAAAGAAUUUUUUCUCUGGACGCCCUCUUAAUAACCAGUGCUCUUUAGCUUUCGCAAGAUAGAAUCUUCGGAAGUUAGAGAGCGUGCAAAAAUAAGAGAGUUUUCUCUGAACGCCCUCUCGUUUACCAAUGCUCUCUAGCUUUCGAAAGUUUGAACUCAAGUCAUAAUAAAUAAAAAUUAAAAAUAAGAAUGAAAAUAUUUGCAGCCUGAAACGGGGAACCGUCAGAGGCCAAUAA